UUACCAUUUUUUAAAAUGUCAACUACUACUUCAAACUCUGAAAUCCUUAACGAAGGAAAGCCAUACUUGUUCUAUGGAUGCGGUACUACCAAUCCAUGGAAGAUAAAGAUUAUGUUUGAUGAGCUUGGAAUUGAUUACAAGUACGAGGAGAUUGAUAUAUUCAAUGACGAGAGUCCAAAGAAGAUUGAAUUCAAAAAGACAUUCCCAAAUGGAAAGGUGCCAGCCAUCAUUGAUUACACCGUCAGUCCACCACUGCCCAUCUUUGAGUCGGGCGCCAUCCUGCUCUACCUCGCCUCCAAGCACGGCAAGUUCCUUCCAGACAUCAAGACCAACCCACGUGAGCAUGCCGACGUCCUCCAAUGGUUGGCCUGGCAGAUCUCCGGCCUGGGCCCAAUGAACGGCCAGUACACCUACUAUUCAUGCUUUGCCCCCGAGGCAGUGCCCGCCGCUGAGGAACGAUACUACAAGGAGACCGAUAGACUGUACACUGUGUUGGAUCAACAAUUGAAGGAUAAGGAUUGGAUUGCCGGUGGUCAAUUCUCCAUCGCUGAUAUGGCAGUGUAUGCAUGGGCUGUAUACAUUCGUGAGGGAUUCCUUCCACAUCAUGAGAAGUAUCCCAAUGUCAUGACAUGGUUGGAUCGCAUGAACCAGAGACCUUCCAUCGCCAAGCAUCUUCCAACAAUCAUGGAGCCACUAGAAGACGAGAUCGAGCAUCUCAAGCAUGCUGGUACCUAUCGUAUCAAG